AUGCUUUUGGCACUGGGGCUCGAGGCAAUGUUUGCCACCCUGCGCGAAUCGACGCGUUCUUUCGGCCAGCCUACGGACAGGCCAGCCGGAAGGCACGUCUGGCCAAUCCACGGCAACUUGCCUGACCACCGUAUGAAGAAUUGCUAAUCAACCCAAACUUCGACUGCUGGCGCCGUACCAUGUCUAGACAUUAAUCCUGUCCCCGGAGCGCGUCCUACGUUUCCAACGCUCGUCACUUAUCGAAGACAUGGUCCGCGGCACGGUGCCAUCCUCCUACCGCGAAGACGACCAAGAUGCCUUGCAGUCGCAGGAAGAGGCUAAGAGCAAGAAGCGGCGCUGUGUUCAGUCGGCGUGCGUGCCCUGCCGCAAACGCAAAUCAAAAUGUGAUGGCAGCACGCCCGUGUGCGCGACCUGCACUGCCGUCUACAGGACCGACUGCUACUAUGACCCCGCGAGCGAGGGCCGCCGCACCAAGUCGAUUGUCUCGACGCCCACGACCACGGCCGGGACCAAGCGCGAUGCCUCUGUCGUGUCGGCCGCCAGCUCGGGGAACCUGACCAGUGCCGAGUUUGUCAUCACUUCGCUGCGACACCUCCCGGACGAGCAGGUGCUCGAGUUCUUACACCAUCUACGCAAGGACCCCACCCUCGACAUUGCGACCCUCGUCGACUCGUGGCGCGACACCGUCACCCUGCCGCCAACGGCGCCCUUUGAGGUCAAGAGUCUGGAGACCGAGCUCAGCGUGCUGCUCGGGAAGCCUGCAGUCACGCUGACCGGCCAGAGCAGGCACUUUGGCCACUCUGCCACCCUGGGCCUGGUUGUCGAGGACGAGAGCUACGAUGGCGGCCGCAUGCGCAGCGGCGGCAUGGUCGCAGGCCGCCAGGGGACGACGUGGACCACGGUGACUCGAGACCUCGCGUUUGUGGAGAAGCUGCUCAAUCUCUACUUCACAUGGAGCCAUCCCUUCUACGUCCUCUUCAGUCGCGAGUGCUUCUACAAGGACUUCAGGGCCGGUCGCGACAAGUACUGCUCCUCGCUGCUGGUGAAUGUCAUCUGCGCCUACGCCUGCCAUCUGACGGACGACCCCGCGGGACGGACGGAUCCCUCCAACUUUCGAACCGCUGGUGACCACUUCAUGGCGGAGGCCAAAAGGCUUCUUUUUGAGGACGAGACGCCGAGCCUCACAACAACACAGGCGCUUUGCUUGAUGGGCAUGCGUGAGCCAAGCACAGGAAGAGACAGCCCGGGCUUCGCGUACAUUGGGAGAUGCAUGCGCAUGUGCGUUGAGCUUGGACUGCACCUGAACAACAGCGCCAGUCCCAAGCUGGGUCUGACACCGAGUGAAAUCGAGGUCAGGAAGGUCACUUUCUGGGGCUGCUUUACCUGUGAUUCCGUAUGGUCCAUCUGUACGGGGCGCAUCUCCCAGCUCCCUCGGGCCGCUAUCACGCUCGACAAACCCAUCCUCGAGGAGUCUGCUGAUCUCCCCGAAGCCUACCCAGGUGCCUCGCGUGUGCAGCCUGGCACCGUGACGACACGCAUGUUCCUUCAGGAGUUUUCUACACUCUCCGAGCUGAUCAAUGAUAACAACUAUAUGUUUUUUGCGCCAAAAGAGCGAAUUACCAGCACGAGGUUGCUUGCUUGUUACCAAAAAUACCUGACUUGGUAUGAGAAGUUGCCGUCGUCCCUCAGGCUCGAGGGCAAGCAACAGCCGGAGCCUCAUAUCAUUGCGCUGCAUAUGCUGUUCCACACCAUAAUCGUGCACCUCUUCCGUCCGAUGCUGAAAGUUGAUUUGAUUCAUUCUGAUGUACGGCCGCGCGCGAUCUGUAUCGAAGCUGCCAAUAAAGUCUCUGAAUUGACCAGGAUCUACCGCAGCCUCUACAGUCUGCGCACGGCUCAUCUCGUUAUCCCACAUGUUCUGCUUUCGGUUUCCGUGGUGCACUUGCUUUACUCUAAAGACAACAGUACGUCGCGGCAGAAUCUUGUCGAGAGUCUUCAAGGAUUGGAGGAUAUCCACGUAUGUCAUUAUUUUGGAGCCAGAAGUUUCCGGAUUGUGCGCACGCUGUCCAAGACCUGGAAUCUGCCUUGGCCAGAUGAACUGCGAGACUCGAAGCUGAUACUAGGGAAUGAGUCAAACAAGUCGCAAGGAACUGUUAGCCCGCCUCCUGACCCUCUUCUAGUCGCUGGUGGGACUGCCAUGGGCAAUCGUAUGGGGACGGGACAGAAUUACCUACCUGUCGGUCAUCCGGAUAGGCGGCAGAGUCUGUCCAUGUUUGCGGGAGGAAAUCUCCAGCUUGCUACGCAUCCCGCUACAUCGAAGACAAGUUCAGUCAGAUCUGGCCAACAACACCAUCACUCGCCUGUAGUCGGUCUCACGCCCACACCAUCUCCCUUCGACACUGGCGCGACAAUGUCUUCGUAUUCAUACUCGCAAUCGAUGGCCUCAGCAACGGGCAACACUUCCACAACAACCGCAUCCCCCGUAGCCGACGUAGCAGAAGCCAUGUUCUGGUCCCCAAUGCCCGGAAUGCCAGGCCCGAUAAUACCGCGCAACAACUACCAACAGAUCAGCCCCAUGGGUCUCGACAGCGUGCUGCAAUCGUCCGACAUGGGCGACCGACUCGGCCGCGACGGGUUCAAGAUGAGCGAGGACUGGCAGUCAAGUCAUGUCAACGGCUUUGCCACCAAUUCUGGGACCGGAUUCGCUCCUCCUAGCAGUCAGGCUAGCGGCGCCUAUCUCCACCUCGGUAGCAACGCAAGCUAUGCCCAGCCUGGUGGGGGCGUGCCUUACCAGCAGCCCCCACACAAUAAUCACCAUAGACACGCGACGUCGCAGGAGGAGUACGAAGCUGGUUGGUGGACUAACAGUACGGCUAACCCCGGCCGCAUGAGCUGACGCUGGCCGACUUACGGCUGUCGUGGGCUAGCUUGUCCCAUGGCCGGUUGAUCGGGGUUCUGGCUGCGGCUGCGGCUGCCGCUUGGAGGGGUGGUUUGCGAUGUGCGUGCGUGCGUGCGUUCUUGAUCAUGGCUCCCCUGGCGUGUUUUGACCUCCAAGCAAGAGUGGGACGACCUUUUAUUAAAACGUAUAUGACUUUGAUAUUUCGGGAGCGCGGUGGCAAGGUUUCAGCGUUUUUGGUUCGGCAUUGUUUUUUUGUAAAACUUUAUAUAUAGGGUAUUGCAUGUGGUUUAUGGUGGGGAGGGAGGAAAGGGAUGGAUGGCAAGGAAAGAGGGACUUUUGCUGCGUUUGGGCUGGGUCUCAUGUCAUAUCAUAUCAUAUAAAUAGGCCCUUUUUGGGAGGAGGGG